CACAUUGUCUUCCCGCGGGAAAAAACAGAAAAAGGAAUUUCGUUUUUGGGUGAGAGAGAAUAAGAAGGGACCAUCUCCUUCACUUUCGUUCUCAAAAACACAGAGGAAGAGAAGAGAAAGAGAAGGAUCAAGAAAGCAACACACAGUAGUCAAUGUUUUGGUUUUGGGGGUUAAGGAAUUAUGGCUAUAGCAGUAUGCCAAUGGGUGAGCGAGAGAUCAUACACUUCGAGCAAGGAUGGGAGCUUAUGCAGAAGGCGAUCACAAAGCUGAAGAACAUUCUAGAAGGGUUGCCCGAGCUGCAGUUCAGCAGCGAGGACUACAUGAUGCUCUACACAACCAUCUAUAACAUGUGUACACAGAGUCCUCCUCAUGAUUAUUCCCAACAGAUCUACUAUAAGUACCGGGAAACAUUUGAAGAGUACAUAACUUCAAUGGUAUUACCAUCUUUAAAAGAGAAGCAUGAUGAAUUUAUGUUGAGAGAGCUUGUGAAAAGGUGGGCAAUCUACAAAGUUCUGGGGAGAUGGCUUUCUCAUUUCUUCAGUUAUCUUGAUCGAUAUUUUAUUGCUCGGAGGAACCUUCCGCACCUUAAUGAAGUUGGACUUACUUGCUUCCGUGAUCUGGUAUUCCAGGAGUUCAAUGGAAAAAUUAGGGAUGUUGUAAUUUCUCUGAUCGAUAAAGAACGUGAAGGAGAGCAGGUUGAUCCAGCUUUACUGAGGAAUGUUUUAGAUAUAUUUGUUGCAAUUGGAAUGGGGCAAAUGGAUCAGUAUGAAAAUGAUUUUGAGGCAGCGUUUCUUAAAGAUACUGUUGCUUACUAUUCUCAGAAAGCUUCCAGCUGGAUUCUAGAAGAUUCUUGUCCAGAUUAUAUGCUCAAAGCUGAGCAGUGCUUAAGACGAGAGAAAGAUGGGGUUUCUCUUUACUUGCAUUCUAGUACUGAGGCAAAGCUACUGGAGAAAGUUCAACAUGAGUUUUUGUCUGUAUAUGCGACCCAACUGCUUGAAAAAGAUGACUCCCAAUGCCAUGCAUUGGUUAGAGACGACAAGGUGGAAGAUUUGUCAAGAAUGUCCGGGCUUCUUUUUUAUUUAUCAAAAAAUAAAAAAAGGUUCAGGCUUCUUUUUAAAAUACCUCAAGGCAUAGAACCAGUUUCCAGCAUAUUUAAGCAGCAUGUCACUGCUGAAGUAACAGCCUUGGUCAAACAAGCAGAAGAUGCAGCAAGCAACAAGAAGAGAAGAAGGACUUGGUUGGUUUGCAGGAACAGAUUGUGUGCUCUUCAGGUUUUUGUCAGAAAAGUGAUUGAGCUGCAUGAAAAAUACCUAGCGUAUGUGAAUGAUUAUCACACUUUUAGUAAGGUGCUCAAGGAGGCUUUUGAGGUCUUCUGCAACAUGGGGGUUUCUGGAAGCUCAAGUGCAGAAUUGCUUGCUAACUUUUGUGAUAACAUUCUUAAAAAAGGCAGUAGUGGGAAACUGAGUGAUGAAGACAUUGAAGAAACACUUGAAAAGGUAGUAAAGUUGCUUGACUAUAUCAGCAAUAUGGACCUGUUCACCAAAUUCUAUAGGAAGAAGCUUGCCCGACGGCUUCUUUUUGACGAGAGUGCAAAUGAUGACCAUGAGAGGAGUAUUUUGACGAAGAUUAAGCAGAAAUUUGGUGGCCAGUUCACCUCAAAGAUGGAGAGAAUGUUUAGUUACCUUAAAAUUGUUCAGGAACUAAAUUUUAAUGUUAAUGAAGUUACCGACUUAACAUUGACCAGGGAAAACCAGACCACCUUUGAGGAGUAUCUGAGUAAUAAUUCACAUGCAAAUCCAGGGAUUGACUUGACUGUUACUGUUCUGACUACUGGCUUUUGGCCAAGUUACAAGUCUUUUGACCUCAACCUUCCACCAGAGUUGGUCAAGUGUGUCAAAGUUUUCCAGGAAUUCUAUCAAACAAAAACAAAGCACAGAAAACUUACGUGGAUAUACUCUUUGGGUACUUGUAAUAUCAGUGGGAAAUUUGAACCCAAAACUAUGGAACUGAUUGUGACCACUUCUCAGACUUCGGCCCUGUUGCUUUUCAAUUCCUCAGAUAGAUUGAGUUACUCAGACAUCAUGACAGAAUUAAACUUGACCGAUAAUGACAUUGUUAGACUUCUCCACUCCUUGUCAUGUGCGAAGUACAAGAUUCUGAACAAGGAGCCUAACACGAAAACAAUAUCUCCUACUGAUUACUUUGAGUUCAACUCAAUGUUUACUGACAAAAUGAGGAGAAUCAAGAUUCCUGUCCCUCCAGUGGAUGAGAAGAAGAAAGUAAUUGAAGAUGUUGACAAAGACAGACGGUAUGCCAUUGAUGCCUCGAUUGUGCGCAUCAUGAAGAGCCGUAAAGUUUUAGACCACCAGCAGCUGGUCAUGGAGUGUGUUGAGCAGUUGGGUCGCAUGUUCAAGCCCGAUUUGAAGGCAAUAAAGAAGCGCAUUGAUGAUCUGAUCACUCGAGAUUAUUUGGAAAGAGACAAGGACAACCCUAAUUUGUUCAGAUACUUGGCAUGAGGUGUCCUAGUUGAUUAUCACCAAAUGAAUUGGUGACUAUUAAUGCUGCAAAUAACAAAGAAAGAGGGGUCAGUUCAUGGUGGAGAGAGAGGGCAAAGGCUUGUAUAUAAAUGCCACUAAGUGAGUGCCUCUUUUUUUGUUGAUUGCUUAGAAGCUGUAAGUGUAGAAUGCUUGUAAAUUUCACCUUGAAAGCUAGGUAAUGGACAACUACUGUAGAUUGAGCACCCAGAUUGGAGAAAUUGUAAUUGAUUCUUUAAAGUGGUCCAGUGCACCAGUUGGAUCCCGCCCUGUAUCUUGGUGUUGUAAUUUUUUGUAACGUCCAUCUCAUGACUUAGUUUCUGCCUGCUUGUUAAUUGCUUAUCUCCACCACCCCCCCACGCGCGGGCAGAAAAUGAAAAGUGUAUCUUUAAUAUUACUCAUCAUUGCCUUUUUAUUGUCAAUCC